CCGAGCCUGACACACAGCACACAGGUCCGGAGCCUCAUCUGCCGGGAGCCGGGGCCCUGAAGCUAAGGAGCCAGGAUGUCUUACCAAGGGAAGAAGAACAUCCCUAGGAUUACUAGCGACAGACUUCUCAUCAAAGGAGGGAAGAUCGUAAAUGACGACCAGUCCUUCUGUGCAGACAUCUACAUCGAAGAUGGCUUAAUAAAGCAAAUUGGAGAAAAUCUGAUUGUCCCUGGUGGGGUGAAGACCAUUGAUGCUCAUGGCUUGCUGGUUAUACCUGGGGGAAUAGACGUCCACACUAGACUGCAGAUGCCCAUCAGGGGAAUGACAAGUGCGGAUGACUUCUUUCAAGGAUCUAAAGCAGCAGUUGCCGGAGGCACCACGAUGAUAAUUGACCACGUAUUUCCCGAUGCCGGAAUGAACUUGGUUUCUGCCUACGACCAAUGGAGAGAAUGGGCGGACGGGAAAGUCUGCUGUGACUACUCACUACACGUGGACAUCACAAACUGGCACGAGAGCCUAAAGGAGGAGAUGGAGGCCUUAGUGAAGGACAAGGGUGUGAACUCCUUUCUUGUCUUCAUGUCGUACAAGGACAGAUACCAGUGCACAGAUGCUCAGAUGUAUGAGAUUUUCAGCAUUGUUCGUGAUCUCGGGGCCAUAGCUCAGGUUCACGCUGAGAAUGGAGACAUCAUUGACGAGGAACAAAGGCGCCUGCUAGAAUUUGGCAUCACUGGACCCGAAGGUCACCCGCUCAGCCACCCGGAGGAGGUUGAAGCAGAGGCGGCUUUCCGUGCGAUAACCAUCGCAAAGCAAGCCAACUGCCCCCUGUACAUCACCAAAGUCAUGAGCAGGGGGGCCGCCGAGGUGAUCGCUCAAGCAAAGCGGAAAGGCGCGGUAGUAUAUGGCGAGGCUAUAACAGCCGGUUUGGGCACUGACGGCUCCCACUACUGGAGCAAGAACUGGGCAAAAGCUGCAGCUUUCAUUACUUCUCCACCAAUCAGUCCUGACCCUACAACUCCAGAGUAUCUCAGCUCUCUACUGUCCUGUUCGGAUCUUCAGGUCACCGGCAGCGCGCACUGCACCUUCACCACAGCACAGAAAGCUGUAGGAAAGGAUAACUUCACCUUAAUUCCCGAGGGAACGAAUGGAGUAGAAGAAAGAAUGUCAAUUAUAUGGGAGAAAUGUGUGACUUCGGGCAAAAUGGACGAGAAUGAAUUUGUUGCCGUGACCAGCACAAAUGCAGCCAAGAUUUUUAACUUGUAUCCCCGGAAGGGAAGGAUUGCCACCGGCUCAGACGCUGACCUCGUUAUCUGGAAUCCCAAAACUGUUAAAAUCAUUACAGCCAAGACCCAUAACCUGGAAGUGGAAGUAAAUAUAUUUGAAGGGAUGGAGUGUCAUGGAGCCCCAGAUGUGGUGAUCAGUCAAGGCCGAAUCGUGUUAGAGAACGGAUCUCUCCAUGUGACCCCCGGAUCCGGACGCUUCAUUCCUAGGAAAACCUUCCCUGACUUUGUAUACAAAAGAAUUAAAGCCAGGAACAGGAUGGCGGAGGUCCGGGGCGUUCCCAGGGGUUUGUAUGAUGGACCUGUUCAUGAAGUUACAAUAACUGCAAAUCCAGCAGCACCCACGCCAACGUCGAGGAUAGGAGCCUGUCCAGGAAAGGUCCAGAUGGCGCCAGGCCGCAACCUGCAUCGGUCUGGAUUCAGCUUGUCAGGUACACAAGCAGAUGAUCAUCUACCAAGACGCACAACACAAAAAAUUGUAGCACCCCCUGGUGGUCGUUCUAACAUUACUUCACUUUCAUAGUACUGCACAAACGCCUGUAUAAAGUUGUGUAACUGCGGAGAAGAAAUCACAAGAUUCAGCAUGAUGAUUUUGUGAAAACAGGAAAAAAAAAUGCAAACCUUAAAAGUUUCCCUUCUGAUUCUCAUCCACGACUGUGUAUGAAGUCUACUGGGGGAGUGAAUUAAAACUCUGGAAGGCACC